AUGCUUUGCCUGGAUGGGACAGAGAGUCUGACCGGCCAAGGGGUUUCAUGCCUCCCUCUACGGACGAAUUGGCAGAAGCCUGAGAAGGAGGAAGAGGGACUUGUAGGAGAUUUCAAGGGAGGGAAGUUGGUACGAGGGACCACCGUCAAGCACAAUUCCGCAGUCGCAUCAAGGGCGACGUUCGACUAUUUGCCCAAUGCUAAUGGUCGCAAGUCAGCUAAGAGGCCAGCGGAAAGUGCACCAUGGGAGCCAGGGACUCGUGAUGUGACGGAGAAAGGGGUGGAUAGGUCCAAGCGACGGUUCCCGAAAGCGAGAAGACACCGGCUCGCGAGAGGGGGCGUUUCUGGCAAGCACGUGAACCGCGCAAAAGCAGUCGAGCAGAUUCUUUCUGCCCAUCAGCGCGCGGAGGAGGAGGCAAUUCGGCAGGCUGCUAUGCGGAGGAAAGCAACUUUUGAGAAGCAGCGCCGCAGGAAAGUAUGCAGGGCAAGGGAAGCGGAGAGGGACACGCAGGCGGGAGUGGAGGUGAAGAACGCAGAAAGAAAAUGGCAGGAUGGGCAGCCAGCAGAUGCGGAGGAAAAGGAAGAGAGAGCGAAGAGUGGGCAGCAGGAGCAACUGCGGCACUCGGUUGGCGGGUGCCGUGAUGAGAAGAGAACGACAUCGGAAAAGCAGGCAGGGGGCUUCUUCUCGCUCGAACGAUGUAAAGUGUUUUUUAAAAAGACUGGCCCCCAGAAGAUCAAUCACGCCGGCGCCCCUGCUGCCCCCAUAGUCCCAAGGGGCCAAGACCUGCGAGCGGGCGCCAUGUGUGGUCGCAGCGGGUAUCGCGCCGAUAUUUCCGAUCCUGAGGCGGAGGCGCCCACCAACUUUGGCGUCGGCGUGCGGGAGGCCUUUGUGAGCGCGGCCGCCCCCGCAGAUGCCGAUAGCGUGCGCGAGGUCCCCCGUCAACCGCACACGGCCGCAAUCUGCGGUGCCGCAGUGCGCGCAGCCUCUCUUUCCCGCGCUGGUCCCUCGGCGACGCCUUCUCCUUCCGACGCUGCUCAUAGUGAUACACCUUGUCGCCUCUCCAGCGUCCAGACGACACCAGCCGCGGACGGAGAGACGGCAGGACAAACGCGCGACUGUCGGGAGGUGCUCCGUUUGCGCGGUGGUGGGCCGAAGCGGAAGUCCAACUACUCCGAGGAAGAGUGGGAAACAGACAGCGAUUCCGAAGAGUCGGACGAGAUUUGGAAAGAUCUCGAGGAGCUGAACGGAGAAUCUGACGACGAAGAGAGGGAGGACGAAGCAGAGGGGGGUUCGAUGAAUGAAGCGGAGGCUGAAACAGGGCCCCCUGAAGAAACUUCCGAUGACGGGGGAGAAAAGUCGUCCGAAGACGCGUCCAAAAGUAACGAGGGUUCGGAAGAGAACAUGGAGGUGGAGUUGCCCAGACCCAUGGCCCGGGGUUCAAACCAGGGGGAAGGAAACAAUGCGGAUGCAGAAGAAGACCCGUCCCUUUCAGGCGGUGCUGCAGCGGCGCCUCUGGUCGCCAGGAUUGGCACGAUCCAGUCUCUUCCUGCGACCCCGAAUGAACGGGCUACCCAGGACGCCCUCCAAGUCCCAACUGAACCAAGCCGGCGGCAGCCCGCCCGCAAGCGCGUCAUACGGACAAUGGAUCUUAGUGACGACGAGAUGAGCGAAGGUGCUGGGAAGGACGAGUCCGAGGAGAGGCCCCCAAAUCGAAGGCAGCGGAUGGAAGACAAGGGCGAGCUUGGACGGCGCUUUGGAUCCGGAAGGGGCUACCCACAGAGCGCGCAGGACGAAGGCGGCCGCCCAAGCCAGCAAACGGGUCUUGAAGACUGCUGGAAGAAGCUCACGGCCAAUGAAACUGCCGCCAGAGGCGGUAACGAGCAAGAAGUCGGCCGCCUGCCGAGGGAAGUGGGCCGCGACAGUCUAGUGCAGCGGACAACAGGGCGCGAAGACGGCGCUCGCGCCAUCUAUCUUCAGAACACUCUGAACGUGCGCAUUGAAGAGAAGACCAUGAAGCGUGACGUGAGGAUUAGUCACCUCGAAAGGACAAGCGUCAACGAAAUUGACGAGAUCGAGACGGUCUGCAACCUUUUGAGAAGCACCAAGCUCGUCAAGAACGCCAGGCAGGUUCUGAGAGAGGGGGAUAAGAAAUCUUUCAUGCAGUCGUUAGCCGUAGCGGCAUUUGCGGUGGGGGAUGCGCGCUUGUGCAACGAGGGCGUUAAGCUGGGGACAAAAAAUUCGAAGGAGUUCGCCACCGACAUCUGCAAGCUCUUCAACACUGACAUCAACAGCAAGGCCCGAUAUUUUACCCUCCCCUCGCCAGCUGUCCUGGAACGCAUCUUCCAAGAAGACCCCGGACUACUCUUCUCCUUCUGCCUUUCCGGUUUUCUCCAGGGGGAGGGUUGUCUUAUGAAGUGUCGGCCGUCGAUGAUAGCAAAGUACCCGGCAAUACUCUUCGUUUCAGGGAGCUUGAAAGCCAUACUUGGCAUCUGGUGUUCCAUAGCGCGGUGCUUCGGAGUGGAGACGGGCUCAUUCAGUAUAUGUGUUGCAAAAAUUGAAGAAGAUGACGUCUUCCCUGAGGACGACGACGUUCAUGUGUCGAAAAAGGAAGCAGAGCCGGACAUCGACGAAACGGAGACGCAACCGGAGCGGAAAGGACGUGUGCGGUACUCCGAGCUAUCGGACAGAGAGGAGCGGCAGGGGGUGCGCUUGCUGCUGCAAGUGGCGCGCGCGAGAUCGAAAGAGAUCAAAGAUGCCCUGAAACGGUGGGCCCAGGAAAUUGGCGCGGAGGACGAGAACUCGGACGAGGAAGAUUCCGAAGGAGGAGGGGUUGUUUGGAGCAAGGAGCUAGCCAGGGGUCUCGCAUGCCGCGCGGCAAAACGGUUUGCAUAUGACCGGCCGCUGACCUAUGACCUGGUUAUGCGGGUUGUCAUCGAGGAGUUGGAGAAAAUCUAUCUGCAAGAUGCGGGCGACGGCCGGAAAGUGAUGUAUCGCUUGACUUACACCGCAAAGCACGACGUCCUCAAACUCGCCGUCAUCCUGGUGAUCGGAAGCGACUGGAAGACAGCCGUGACGACAAAACUGGAGGCGUUUGUGAAAUGGGCGACCACUUUCAAGGAAAUCGGUAAAGGCAACUUUCCAGGCGCACAGAAGGGGAUCGAGUUUCGUGAAGGGAUCCGACCCUUCGCCCAGAAGAGCAACGAUAUCAACCCGGGGGACCCACACUGCUGCAGCUCGCUUGAAGCUCAACAGUAUCACCUGAAGAGGUGGAAGGAGAACAAGCUUACGUGGGAUCAGUAUCGUACGGCGUCGUGGGUAUCCUCAAAAUCAAGUGCCAGCGGCAGGCUGAAGAAGGAGAACAUCAACUCAACGGUGGAGACCGACGCUGUUUACUGGGAGCAAAGAUCAAAUCUGUGGGAUCCAGAGCUGAACAAGCGGAUCCAUCAGCACGAGAAGCGUUUUGAGGUGCCGAAUGGGGCGACAUUCGAUCCUGAGGUGCUAAGGAACAAGUUCCUGCAGCGUCCCCAGCAGCUCGGGCUCUUUCUGCGUGGCAGCGCGGAAAUCUGUUCAGACCUGCCAGUGACUACGUCUCAGUCUAAAGAUGGAGAAUGCGCUUUCCUUGUGGAGGAGGCGUGGCUGAAGGACCUGACGGACUGGCUCUUCAAGCAGCCUCCCUGCGGGCCACCCCCCUCGCCAACGACAUACGAAAUCAAAACGACGUGGCCUCUUUUGUUGGGUACGGAACAUUCGACGGCCAUGGUUGUAACGAGCUAUCAGCUCUUCGUUCUCGCAACACUUCUUCGCUUCGAGGAUUAUGACCCCCAGAAGCUGCCGCGAGUGCCGGUCAGCACAGGAGCAGGACGGAAGAGGGGGACGGUCGCCGACCUACGACCCGCGUCCAUUAAAGAGGUCCGUUUGCGGACGGCGGGCGGCCUGCUGACAACGACACAAAGCAAACUCUGGGUGUCCACGAACUGGACGAUGGAGCAACUACGAGCCAAGACGAAGGAGUGGUGUUACAAGGGCUUGAAGGUGGACCAGACGGACUACUUCGGAACCCUUGAUUGGAGAACCGAGGUCACCCUUCUGGUCGACUGUGCCCCUGUUGGACAAGCGAGGAGCGUGGCGUUCAAUUCGGGUCAGACUCUCGGUGUCUUCAUCGAGAAGGGGCUUGAGUCGGCGCUGGAGAGGGCGGAGCGGCCGCACUGUCGUGACUGGACGCGUGUUGAAUUGAUUGUGGUCGGUGAGGAGGCCGCUCCACCGGGUGUACCAAAAGCCCUCCGAGCGGCGGUCGAAAAGUCUCGAAUGGGAGCGGAACUUAGUGAAGGAGCGAGCGAAGGAGGAGACGGCGAUCAGCGAGCGGGGGGUAAGCGGUGGGAGCCAUACGCGGAGUUUAAUCGCCGUUUUGUUGGCACAUGGAAGCAGCAACUAGAGCGGGCGCGUCGAUUGAAUCUGUCCGAGAUGGACGUCCGGCCGGAGCAAGUCAACGCGCUUGAGGCGCGCAUAAGGCAGAAGCUCGAAACGAUCAGAGAGAGUCUCGGGGACGACGAGAAAGAGAUUGACAUCGAGAUCAAAGCCUACGGACUCACGCUGAUACGCACCGUGGAGAUGACCCUGACCUGGGCAGACGUGAGCCCGCGGGCAAGGAACUGGGUGUACGACCAACACCUCCUGAAUCACAUCGAGAUGGGGGGUUGGCUUUGCAACAAGUGCGAUCGGGUUGUCCCGGGCGAGGAUUCGGACGAUGUACCGAGGAACAUCCGGUGUUGUUGCACCGAAGGGGAACGACUGCCAAAGGGAAGAGGGCGCUCGCAGCCGCGCACCUCACCCGAGCCGGAUCACAAAUGCGGUUCACGGAAGAUCAAAUGGUCGACGGCAGCUUGUGGCGGCCGGAGCAUUCUCGUUGUGCAGAAAACGUUAGUCGAACUGGGAUGCGCCACGUGGGCGCUUGCAGGCCCGAAGAAGUUUCGCGGGACGCGUGUUCCGUACACGUGGCCUGGCCCGGAAGGGAAUGGCGCCGAAGGAUCGAUUACAACGAUCCAGAUGGCGAAGCUGAUGUGGCAGGUGCUCCUGAACGCAGGCUUUGACGAGUAUGUUAGGUCGAUGAACCUGCUCCGAUCAUUGGGCAAAAGACAGCAAAAGAUCGGACGGGAGACUUCAUCAAGGCGGGGAAACGUAACUGGGGGCGUGGCAACCGGAAGAAAUAUUGAGGAGGACAGCAAGAACUCGAAAGGGCGCCGGAGAAGGCGCAGGACGAAGGGAGAGGACACGUGGAAGAUGCUGGGCCACAACGGGCUCUUGGGAAGAGGGGUGGGAGCGGGGUGCUGGUUGGAAAAGCAGCGAGAGAGGGUUGGGAUUUGUAAGCCACUUUCUGGGCCACAGGUCGUGAGCGCACUUUCUGCAGGAAUACUAACUCGUGCAAACACAAAACCGACAGGAAAUAGAUCUCUAGACAGUAUGGACGAGGAAGCUUUUGAAACAGAGAGCUCAAAAGUAGAGCCAUCCACCCCUCAUCUGGCGCAGCUUGUGCCGUAGCCUUAGAAGAUCCUAGGGGAGAGAAGUGCCACUCUGUGGUGGCCUAUUCCGGCGGCCUUUAAUCGUCGAUGAUUGGCGCGAGCACAAAGACCAGUCGCGG